UACCAUACCAUACCGAUUAUCAUUAGCAAUAUUUGACAUAUAGUGUUAUAGUAAGAGUGAUAGAGUAUCAUAAUAGUGGUGAUGCCGGUGACGGGCAGUGUGUAUGGGGGGUCCCCCCAGCGGUCGACCCCCAAGUGUUGGGAUCGAGUGAAGUAUGGCUUUGCGAUGGGGAUGUGUGUGGGUCUGGCCUCUGGAGGCGUGUUCGGAGGUGUGAACGCUCUCAGACUAGGACUUAGAGGGCGAGAGUUGUUGUCAUCGAUGGCCAAAGUGAUGAUUCAGGGCGGAGGCACUUUCGGCACGUUUAUGGCCAUCGGCACAGCCAUCAGGUGCUGACCACUGCUCUCAUGACCCCAUUGUAUGAUACAUGCAUUGGUGUGGUCACAGUGCCAGUGAUGGCUAUAUCACAGACUACUUGACAAUUAGUGUCCAAUGAAUGAGCAAAUGAUUGACAAUUUAAUAAACAAUUAAUUGCUUUAUUUUAUAUUUAUAUUGAAUUGCUUUAAAAUAAAUCUCUAAUUACUGGCAGCGCUAUAGAUA